AUGGCUGGGAAUCAAAAGCACUCAGCGCCCCAAACCAAUAGACACGAUCUGGAAGGUCUGGCAGCAUCCGCGGCAUCCGAUAAUUCAAGCGAUCGGGAUUUUGAGAUCAACAUACCCCCGUUCGUUGGCAGGCUUGGAGGAAAUGGAGUCGCCUUGUCCCGCUCCCGCUCUAAUGUGGCUUUCCUGGAGAACGUUCCUGAUGCGGCACCUUUGAUGAGUCUGAGGGAGAUUGCUAAUUGUAAACCUUUUCUGACGGUUCCACUAUGGAAGUCAGCAUUAAUGGAGGGCGUCGGAUCCUUGAUGCUUGUCUGGAUAACCAUCUACGCCAAUCUGUCCCCCGCCGUCAUCCCGGCAACGCCUACACAGCGUUGGGGCAAUUUCGACAACGCAUCAUUCAUCGGACCUCUCAUCGGCGGCAUACUCAACUUUUUCUACAUUACCAUGUUUACCUUCUGCUUUGGUGCUGUAUCAGGGGCCCAUCUGAACCCAACAAUCACGAUUGCAACAUUUUUCGCACGUCUAUGUUCACUGCCUCGGGCGAUACUAUACGUUUCCUUUCAGGUUGGUGGCGCGGCACUCGGGGGCUUGCUUGCUCGCGCGAGCUAUGGUACCAGAGACUUCCAGGUUGGAGGGUGCUGGAUCUACACUGAUGUUGUGCCCAUCCGAGACGCAUUUACGGUAGAGUUCAUGGCUUGCACCAUUUUACUCUUCUUCGCUUUCGGCGUCGGUCUUGAUCCGCGACAGAAGAACAUCGUAGGACCUACCCUUGGACCAUUCCUAGUAGGCCUUGCACUUGCUAGCCUUUCGUUUGGAACAGGCUACACGCGAUAUGGUUACGGAGGGGCCAGUCUGAACCCGGCCCGAUGCUUCGGCUCAUACGUUGGAAGCUCUUUCCCUGACUUCCACUGGAUACACUGGGUCGCAGAUAUAGUAGCCUGCAUCUUUCACGCUGUUUUCUAUCAUGUAGUUCCGCCUUGGGAAGUACAACAAAGCAGAUAG